AAUAAAGAGUUAAUUAUAAUCUUAAUUAUUAUCGAAGAACUAAAUUCUGAUUAGCUGACAUCACAAUAUAUGAGAUUCUCAGAACAUUAAGAGCAAGUUGAUAUAGAUAGAAAGAAAUUUGAAAAGAAAAAAGUGGCAUGGCGUUCCUGAAAGUGUUAAGUUGCAGUCUAAUAUUUAUUAUCGCGGCGGCUCUUUUUAUUGAUGAACAUAUGACCAUACCAAAACUCGACAUAUUAUAUCCACAACAUUAUAACAUCAACUUUGUACUAAAUAUCAGCUACGAUGUCUUCCAUGGCGAAUAUAAUGUUAGCAUUUAUAUUCCUUAUAAAACGCAAAAUAUAUACGUUUACACAGAAAAUCUAACUAUAACUCGAGUUAGGGUAAAAAACGAUGCACAAAUAACUAAAGAAAGUGAAGAAGAAGCUUUUGCCCAUAGCACUGAUGAAUUUAUCUAUAACAAUGAAACAUGUAUAACUACCAUUUCUUUCCCGUACAAUUUAUCGUUAGGAUUUUACACUCUGAAUAUGAAAUUUAUGGGACUUUUAGCUAAAAAUGGAGGAUUCAGAACUUACAUGAAUCAACAAAAUGAUAGAAUGUGGUUAGCCGCAACGCAUUAUUACAAAUUUGCGACUCGAAAAUUAUUUCCACUUUUAAAGGACACUUUACGUGCUAGUUAUAGCAUUUCUAUACAACAUCAUGAAAACUUCAUGGCUUUAUCAAAUAUGCCUAAGAUAUGGAAGGAUAUAAAAGUGGAUGGAAAUAAUAUGCAAUGGACACGCUUCCAAACUACUCCCGUAAUGCCCGUUUAUUUCAUAGCGGCGGGUGUGUUUAAUCUCUCCUUUACUACAAGUUGGAAUACCAAAUUGUUGUGCAGAAAAGACAUAUGGCCAUAUAUGACAUUUGCAUACAAUGUUGCUCAAAAUAUUGCGCGGUUUUUGCCGCAAAUCAGGAAAAUUCGAGAAACUAAUCACAUCGCGAUUCCGGAGUUGCUCGAUGCAGAAGAGAUAAUAUUGGGAUUUGUUCUUUAUAGAGAAGGAGAUGUUAUCUUUAAUGAAGAAACAGAUGCUGAGAUUCGCAAAAUUGAAAUAGCGCGAGUAAUAGGAUAUAAGGGGGUACACGAAUGGCUUUAUAAUGCAAUUGAUCCAUAUAAGUGGGAACCCUGGUUAAGCAAAGGCUUUGCUACAUUAUUUGGAAUUUACGCCGUCGAUCAGAUAUUCCCAGAUUUUCGGAUACAAGAUUUCUUUGUGGUUCAAAUGCAACAUGAUUUUCUUCAUUGGAGCACUAAGGAUACAUGGCCACUUAUCAAAUCAGAAUUCAAUAGCUCUUUUGAAGUACCUCGUUUCAUCAAAGCAAGCCUUAUGCUCUACACGUUGCAAGCUUUCUCAGAAAAUGUUUUCAGGAAAAGUAUUAUAACAUAUUUAAAUAAUUGCUACACAAGCAGUAGUAGUUUCUGGAACGGAAUGCAAACUAUCAUGCAAGAAUCAUCUUCCAAAAUGAAAUAUAAAUUAGAAGACAAAAUAACUAAUUGGACACAGCUAAAUUAUUAUCCUGUGAUAAAUGUGGAAAGAAAUUAUGAUAAAAACAGUUUGAAUAUAUCGGUACAAGAUUUUAAUGUAGAUAUAUGGAUAUUGAAUGAAUAUAUAGAUAUGAGUAUUGUUACGGAGACCCAUUUGAAAAAUAUUUCGAUUGACGUGUGGCUAGUACCACAUAUUUCACAUAUUAUUACAGAUCUCAAGAACGAGAAUGACUCUUUAUUGGUCAAUUCACAAAGUGGAUGUUAUCGCGUCAAUUAUGAUGCCAAGAAUUGGAAUAGACUUUCGCACUACCUGAACUCCAAAUUCUUUGGAAAAAUACAUGUUCUUGAUCGUGCUAAAAUCAUCGACGACGCAUUUCACUUUCUGAUGACAGGCCGACUAAAUUCUACUGUAUUCGUGGAUAUUUCUCACUACCUGUGGCAAGAUACAGAUUAUAUCGCAUGGUAUCCUAUGUUCAAAAACUUGGAAUAUAUCUCGGGUUUCUUUGCAUAUCCAGAAAGCGCAUAUAGUCCUAUAAAGAAAGAAAUGAUAAAAUCAUUGAGUAAGAUGUUAUGGGAAAUAAAAUAUCCGGAUUUUAGACCGGAUAGAAUCAUUCAAGGGAACAUUUUCACUAAAUGUUUGAGGCAAGAGGCUGCAAGAUGGUUAUGCAUUUUAAGUCAUGAUUAUUGCUUUUCAAUAGCUUUACAUGAAUUAAGGUUAUAUCUUUUAAGUGAUAACAAAUCUUCAUCACACAAAAUUUGGAUGGGAUGGAAAGAAUGGACAUUUUGCAAUGGUUUGAAGACAGCGGGAAACGAUACUUGGAUGCACGUGUAUGAUAUAUAUUUGAAAGAAUCAGAUAAUAGUAUUUUAAAAUUUUUAACUUGUUCCAAAGAUCCUUCAAUCAUUCUCCAGUAUAUAAAUAUAAUGACUAAUAUGACAAUAACUAUGGAUUAUAUAAACAGUUAUUUUGUUAUUGUUACGAGACAUGCAAGGACUGGAUUAUUUAAUUUCUACAAUUUAUAUAAUACAAAACCGAAGUAA